GAGCACUGGUAGGCGAUAGAGUGCAACUGCCUUGCAAUAUAAGUAUGCCAUCGAAAGACGACUCGAUAACAUUGAUUCUGUGGUAUAGGGGCGACACGACAGGCGGUCCCAUAUACUCAGUGGACGCCAGACAAAUGCCUACCAAACAGGGCCAACACUUCCUGAGCGAUGACCUCACAAAUAGGGCGACACUUAAUAUAUCCAUCAGACCGGCGAUCCUCACCAUAGACCCGGUGCGAGCCGAGGAUGAGGGCGAGUACAGGUGUCGAGUGGACUUCCGGUGGGGCCGUACCAUGAAUACGGUGGUCGGCCUUAUAGUGAUCGCGACUAACAAAUUGGUUGAACACAUACCACCUUUCGCUUCGCACGUCAGCCUCACGUCGCUGUCCUCCUGA